AGAUGAACUGAUACUGAAGAUCAACGUGGAGGGAGCAAGAGAAGGGGAGAUGCGGACUAACCCGAAGCUGCAGGACGCGAUUUCGGAGGCGAGAGACCGAGCGGAGAGACGCUGUAGACGGGACGGAGUGACGACAAGGCUAUGGAUAACGGUGGCUUACCAUGAAACUGAGACCUCAAUGGACACAGCGGACCUGGAACAGGUCCACCAGGACAGAGACUCAGGAGGGGAAAGUGAGACAAAGCCGGUGGAAGAGGGACCCAAGGCCAGCUCUCGACAGCUGACGCCCAGAGGCCGCGGGACGGGUGAGAAGCAAAACAGGGGGCAAGAUCAUGGGGCGAGGAGGCCAGCUGGCGGAGACAGAGUGAUUGGCACGAAAACAAGGACGACGAGGCGGUUACACGAGAGAGCCGACACGCAGCAUAGCAGUAGCCAGGCCGUGAAGCAACACUUUAGGGAAGUGGGAAUCGGUGGGCAAGCCGACAAGGGGAACAAAAAACGUGUAUGCAAUUACUGCGACAAGCCCGUGGCUGGGACGGCCAGCAGGGCAAGGGAACAUUUCCUCAAGGGGUCGAGAUGCGACGUUGAGCGCCUCAGAGGUACUAUACCAAAAGAGGAGUACUUGAGAAGGGAGAAGGGUAGGUCGGCUGCCAGGUCCGAGUUGGGGGCAAAUAUGAGAGAGCCCGAAAUGGAGGAGUCAUCGGAGGAUGAGAAUGCUCCGAGGACGUUGGGAGGAGUUCUGGAUCCAUCAGGGUCUGCGGCAAGGCUUCGCCAGACAAAUCCGCGGACGUCGACGACAGGAGUUGUGGAUCCAUCGAGGUCUGUAGUUGGGCUCCGCCAGACAACGAUCACGGACAGCGCUGCUGUCAUUACGGCACACGAGCAAACGCAGCGCACGAUAGACGACUGGAUGACGGCCGAAUGCAUCCCGUUCAACAUGAUGAAGAGCGAGUACUCAGACAAAAUGGUGCAUGCUCUCAUGAAUGCGCCGAAAGGCUUCACGUACGCGAAGUUCGAAAACGCAAGGACGAAGAGGGUCGAAGUGACAAGGGGCAGGGCUCCAUCUUUUGGAGAAGUGUGUAUGUCACGGCGCAACAAGGGCGCCUCAGCAUACGACGCCAUUCUGAAGAGGGCAAUAGAGGAGAUAGAUGCGGAGGCAGUGGUGGGGGUCAUUAUGGACAAUGCUGCUGUUUGCGAAGCUGCGGGGCGAAUGAUUGAAGCAGAUUACCCUCACAUCUUCUCUGUCCCGUGCACAGCACACUCCCUCGACUUGAUGUUCGAGUCUUUCGCGAAGAUCGGGUGGGUCGGUGCAAUUAUUAAAAGGGCAUCGGAGCUUGCAAAGUUCUUCACUAACCAUUCGCGGGUGCGGGACCUCCUCAUCCACUACUCUAAUGGCGGUGUAGUGUCAAAACCGGGUACGACCCGGUUUGCCACGAACUUCAUCAUGUUGUCAAGCCUGCAGGGGUUGUAUUUGCCGCUGCGUGCGUGCGUGACAGAUGACGACUUGAAGCCAACGAUCGUGCACACUUCGCUGCGCGAUCUGUUUGUGAAGGUGACACAUUCCAUUUUGGACGACACCUUAUGGGAAGAUGUCGAGAAGGUGAUGCAGACGUCCAAGAACCUACUCAAACUUUUGAAGAAGGUCGAUGGCACGGGCCCCACCAUUAGCAAGGUGUAUGCCCGUAUGGACAACGCAGUGGAGAAACUAAGGGAGAGCAAACACUUUGCAAAAGCGGAGAAGGACGAACUCGAGGAGAUCAUCAUGCGGCGCUGGAAUGCAAUGACAUCACCGCUACAUUGUGCUGCGCUGUUCUUGGAUCCGGAGUACAGAGCGUCGCGGCCAGAAACGGAUGCAGAGGUUGCAGAUGGGUUUUGGAUGUGGCUUUACUCAUGGUGCAAAGAGUCGUCGUUUGUUGAGGUCGACGCAGAGGCCGAUCAGGGUUCACCGCAAUGGGAAGAGGAUGAACCGUUGGAAGAUCUCACACGGGAUGAGAUGGCCAAGGAUGCACGGAUGCGGUUGGCGGAGUGGCGUGCCCGGCUGCACAGAACAGAGUCGGUUAGUGAUGCAGGUGAUGAGGAGGCUCAGGGCGUGAAAGGUGGCAGUUUGGCAGAAGGUCCUGCACCCGCACGUCUCACAAGAAAGCGGGGUCGACCGCAGAAGCAGCCCGUGCAAGAGGAGGAGGAAGUAGCGCCAGAAGGGACAGGCAGCGAUGAAAAUGGUGGCGGCGCUGAUGAAAAUAAUGGUGGCGGCGACGAAAGUGAUGGCAGCGGCAAUGGUGACGACGGGAGCGGUGGCUGCGAUGGGACUGAUGGCAGUGGCAAGGAGGACGAAGGCGAAGGCGACGAGAAAGAUGGUUGUUCGUCGGAGGAAGAGGGCGACUCCGAAUCAGAACCCCUAUCUAAAUCGCGCAAGACAUCCCAUUGACGCGCGCGCGCGCGUGUGUGUGUGUGUGUGUGUGUGUGUGUGUGUGUGAGAGAGAGAGAGAGAGAGAGAGAGAGAGAGAGAGAGAGAGAGAACUGAUAGUGCUGGUAGUCUGAACACUCUUCAAGUUCAAACUUCUAAGUUAUUUAAACUUUUUCUAACUUUUUUUGAUUUUUUUUUUUGUUUUUUGUUUUACAAGUCUUAUGCCUGCUUUGCACU